UCUCCCUCUUUCUUCUAACACAUCACAACAACAACAACAACAACAACAAAGACAAAAACUACUUCCUUCUCUCCUUUGCUGUGUUUUCUUUCUCAAAAAUGGGUCGUACCUAUGUUCUUAUGAUGGUUGCUGCAUUGUUGUUGAGCUCCACCAUGGCUCAAUCUCCAGCUUCGUCGCCGGCUUUGUCCCCCACCCACACGCCGGUGGCCACUCCACCUAGGAGGGCGUUGUCGCCGUCUCCGUCGUCUGUGUCACCAGCGGCUUCACCCGCCACCGGAAAUUCUCCUCCGGCACCACCUACUUCUUCUCCUUCGGAAUCGCCACUUCCAUCAGCUGCUACUCCCAACAUCUCUCCCUCGACCAUCUCGACUCCGCCAUCUGAAGGACCAGCUGCAAACGGUGCCGUUUUCAACAGAGUUUCCGGAUCUGCUCUGCUUCUCAUUUUCGCUGCGGCUAUACUCAUAUAAAACAUUUUUUCUUACAUUAUCAUCUUUAUUCAUUCUAUUGUUUUGAACUCCAGUACUUUUUUCUUCCUGGUUGGUCUGGUGUCGUUGAGGAGGAUUCAUUUAUUUGAUUAUUUUGUAUAUUCAAUUAUUAUUCAUAUGAUUGAUGCAUACACAUAUAUAAUAAUAAUCUCUUGAUUCAAUUAUCAAUUCAUUA